AUGGCUGGAGCGGGGUCGAUUCUCCGCCAAUCACGAUGGCCUUACGAGCGGAGUGGGCGGAUCGACGGCCCGUCCAAUGAAAUGACGAAGUUGAUGUUUAAACUGGGCGCGCGGGCGGAGCGUCAGGAAGUCCGGGGGCGGGGACUCGUGUUGGAGCUGGUUGGGAGACAGAUCUCCGUCAUUGCACAGCAUCCCGAUGGAUGGGCCGGAGUAAAAGCCUGUUUCUGGUUGUCCUUCCAGGUCCACCCCCUGCUCCGCGAUCUCAUUGACAGCUACACCAGCGUGUGGGCCAGGGUCAGUUUCAAAGAUUCCUGGCCGACGCCUGACAAUCUCUGGCUCUUUGAGAGAGCUGCAGAAAGGGGGAAUUUUGAAGCCGCAGUGAAGCUGGGUAUAGCCUACCUGUACAACGAAGGGCCGUCGACGAGCGACGAGGGCCGCGCGGAGGUGUGUGGGGUCAAGGCCUCUCACUUCUUCAGCCUGGCGGAGGGCCUGCGGGCCUCGGCCGACCCGUUUGUGUGGGUGUUCGUCCGGCCCCCCUGGUCCACCUCGGGCAGCUGCUGCAAGGCGGUGGUCUUCAAGCAGCUGCGCGUGGAGUGCGAGUCCUGCCCGCAGAUCUGGUGUUCAUCGCCUUCCUGGUUUCUCCUCUCCAGAUGGGCGAUCCUGGCAGGUACCUUCAGUGUCUCCGGACUCUCAGGGACUACGCAGCUAAAGGCUCCUGGGAAGCACAGGUAUAUCCUGGUGGACUGGCUGGUGGAGGUGGCUACCAUGAAGGAUUUCUCCAGCUUGUCCCUGCAUGUGACGGUCAGCUGUGUGGACCGCUACCUCAUGCUGUACUCCGUGCCCAAGGCCAGGCUGCAGCUGCUGGGCAUCGCCUGCAUGGUCAUCUGCACCAGGUAUGUCAGUAAAGAGAUCCUGACCAUCCGAGAGGCUGUGUGGCUCACAGACAACACGUACAAAUAUGAGGACCUGGUGAGAAUGAUGGGCGAGGUCAUCUCUGCCCUGGAGGGCAAAAUCCGAUGCCCCACGGUGGUUGAUUAUGGGGAGGUGCUGCUGGCGCUGGCUCCCCUGGAGAGGAGGACUGCUCAUCUCUUCAGCUACGUCUGCGAGCUGUCCCUGCUCUACACCAGCCUGUCCCUGUACCCCCCCGCCCGGCUGGCCGCCGCCGCCCUGCUGCUCGCCCGCAUCAUGCACCGAUACGCUCUCCCCUGGACUAGCCACUUGUCGGAGUGCACUGGCUUCAGCCUGCAAGACCUGGUGCCCUGUGUGCUGAACCUCCAUAAGAAAUGUUUCCAUGACGAUGUCCCCAAGGACUACAGGCACGUCUGUCUGACGGGGGUGAGACAGCGGUUUGAGGACGACUCCUACCAGCAGAUCAGCAAAGAGAAGGUGAUGGAGUUCAGCGAGCUCUGCGCCGUCCUGGAGGUGAGGGAGGAGGACCUUGCCAGUCCCCAGCCCUCCGUCCCCAACUCCCAGAGCUCCGAAAUGCACACGUUCCUCUCCUCUCCCGCGGGCAAGAACAAGAGGAGGAGAGAGGACAGCGUCCAGUCGGAUCGGUGCACGCCCACUGCGGAGCUGUCCACUCAGGAGGAGAUGCUGCUGGGUGACUUCCUGGACUGGAGCCUGGACACCUCCUGCUCCGGGUACGAGGGCGAUCAGGAGAGCGAGGGGGAGAAGGAGGGGGAAGUGAUGGACCCCGCUGUCGUCCUGGAGCUGCCCGCGCUGCCGGCGGAGGGGGAGGAGCACUGCCGCGCGCUCUCCAGCGACGAGGAGAGCGGCUCGGGGGCGCGGGGCCCUCCUGGGGUCAACGAGGAGAAGGAGGAGGAGGAAGGCUCGUCGAGGACUCGAGGCCUGGCCUUCCGCUCCCUCAGCCUGCCCGCUGGCGACCCGGGCUCGCUCCCGCUGGCGUCCCGCAGGGCCCGGGCCGGCUCCCGGCAGCAGGUGAAGAGGAAGAACGCGGCGGAGCACAGCGGAGAGGACGCCGGCGCGGGGUUCCUCAGCCUCUGA